CCGGAAGUAGUCUCGGAGGACGGUGGUCCAUGUAGCUGUAGGAGCGGUUGCUACCGACUUGGAAGAGCACUUGAGCCAUGGCGGCUCCGGCGAUUCCGCCCCCUCCGCCGCCGGGAGGGCCCCCUGGGGUGCCUGGAGGGGUGCCUGGGAAAGGGCCACCGGCGGCGGCCGCAGGAGGCGGCGGCGGCGCGAAGAGUGGAGAGGAGAGGCUGAAGGAAAUGGAAGCCGAGAUGGCCCUGUGAGUGAAGCAGGGAGGGCGCCCAUGGAGGCUCCCAUUGCGGGGCCCUGUGUUUGUGGGGGGCCAGAGAAGACCACUCAAAAUGGUUUCAUGGACGGAGGUGAUGGGAGCUGGAAGUCUGGGGACACCUGGGAGAUUUCAGGGGGCCCCUCCCUCCCUCCCUUUCUUACAACGUUGACAGUGAACACGCUGGAAAGAAAAGCGUUGCAGGUGCUAGGAAACGCGGCUGUGGCACCCAGGGCAGUGUUGGUAAUGGGAGCUCCGAGUCUCCCUUGCGAGCUGGGAUGCUUCCAGUUCAGAGCCCACCUUAGCCUUGUUCUCAGAGCUUAGGCAAACCAUUCCCUUUUUUUGCCUCCUGAUUUCAGUAUGACGCAGAGCUGUUCUGAAGUGAAUAUUUCUCCAAACAGCCUGCUUUACAACUCUUGGUGUGGUUUGUCAAUAGACUUUAAAACAUUUAAUGUUCUUGUCUGAUGAUGAUGGUGACUAUUAUUUGGUACUUAUAUCAUGCCUUAAUAGAAGUUAAAGUAGUGUCCAUGGCCCCCUUUCCCCUCAUUUUCUCUCCUCAACAAACCUGCGAAAUUGAUUAGGAUGAAAGGUGAUGCAGGUUCCAGAGUGAGCUUUGUUGCUGGUGGGGUGGGCUUUGAACUUGGCCCUUCGUGGUCCUCAGCAUGGAUAUAAUAAAAACAAUCAAAAUAUCAAGCCAGUUGUUCAGAUUAAUAAUGGAAUGGUGUAUGUGGAGCAUUUGUAUGGCAAAAGAAUCAUAUAAAUGCUAUGGGUUUUUGUUUACAGGUUUGAGCAGGAGGUGCUGGGAGCUCCAGUAUCCUUGCCUCCUGUUGCCCCUGUGGUAGAAGCUGUCCCAGUUGCCCUGGCAGUGCCAGCUGUGUCUGCAGUCCCCCCGGUCCCUGUCAUCCGACCCAUCAUUGCCACCAACACCUACCAACAGGUGAGGAGUCUGCUUGAGGCUUACCUUUUGCAAUGCAGGAAGCUUGCUGGACAGCUUUGAGGGACAGGGCUGUAGCUCAAUUGUAGAAAACAUACUUUGCAUGCAAAAGGUGCUAGGUUGAAAUCCUAGCAUCUCCAGUUGGGAAUGGGGAAAAAUCUCCUGCCUGAAACUCCAAAGAGCUGCUGCCCAUGAGUACUGUAUAGAUAAUGCUGAGCUAAAUGGACCAGUGGUCUCGCUCUAUAUAAAACAGCUCCUGGCUUUCGGUAGAAGCCUUGAAAUCUGGUGCAGGUGAGGAAAGCUGGGCUUUGGGAUUAGAGGUUCAGAUGACACAUUUGUAAUUUUCAAAAUAUGUUGGUGUUGUCACUGUUCCACUUUGGCUGAAGCAGUAGAUGUUGAUUUAGGUUUUUAAUUUUUAAAAAACAAAGUAAUAAUAAUAAAGUAGAAAUAAAAAUAUGCACUCCCCCCCAGACCAUUUCAUUAUAACUAUUCAACCUCCCAAAAUUUCAACACCUCUUGCGAUUUUUGACUCCUUUCCAUUUUAACAGCACAAAUUCUACAAAUAUAUUCCAUAUCUCCUUAAAAUCAUUUCUCCUGCAUAUUCCGUGUCUUACCUUAAUAGCACAUGUUAAUUUGUCAUUAAUUGCUAUAUCCCACACCUCUCUAUACCAUUCUUCCAUUUUAUGUUCACCUUUCCCCUUGUUUAUUUGUAGUAUUUAUUGUUGUUUUCCCCCUUUUAAGUUCUUUUGCUUCAAUUAAAUCUAGUCUCCAACCUGGUAUCAGGCUUCAGGCCCGGAGACCGGAAGUAAGAGUAAUUAAUUAUAUUCAAUUAUUUACUCCAAGUUUUUCAAAUAUUUUACUGUCCUGGGUAUUGAUCCUUUCUUUUUUACUUCUACUAUUUAAAUGUAAGAGGUCCAAUAAUUUCUAAUUGUCCAUUUUUUUGUCUUCACAAGCCCUUUGCUUUAGAUUCUUUUCCAGCCAAUAAGUUUGAUGUCUGGCCCAGGGCUUGUGUCUAGCCCAGAAAUUAAGUAGUAAUGUUUAUUAUUUCACUACUCCAAAUUACAUUCCUGCUUGGAAAGUUCUUAAGGACUGACCUAUAUUCUUUGCUUCAUAAUACUUGUUCUUCAGAGUGAGAAAUCCAUCCUUUAAAAUAUUUUCUCUCUGAGCUCUCAGUUUCUGCUGCUUACUCCAUGGCCAGCAGAGCCUUCUCCCCCCCCCCCCACCCCAAUUUAGGUUUUGAUCAGUGUUUUGAAACAGUAGAAUAUUUCUUUUUAGCACAUAGGUAAUACAGUGUGGUAUAAUUCUACAACAAACCAUUCCUCUAGCACUAACAUUGCUACCUCACCCAUUAGGUUGUGACGUGCAAGUCCUCUUUCAAUCAUGCCACUUUUAUGUUCUAUCCAGCACCUACCAUGCUGCUGAGUGCAAGGCAGAAUUGGUGCACACCAUGCAAGUUGAUCUUCAGGAAGCAGGGAUUACAGAUAGUGUAGGGUUUUGGUCUGAUGCAGCAGAGCUGCUCUUAGGAAGCUGGGGUGAGGAGAAUGAAUGUGUGAAUACUAAACUUUCGUACUUAACUGUUCAUCUUACUUCGCUGACAUCUGUUCUUGCCAUUUGUUUCUCUCCCCCCCCCCAGGUCCAGCAGAGUCUGGAAGCCCGAGCAGCAGCGGCAGCCACUGUGGUGGCCCCCAUCGUGGCUCCUCCAGUGCCAUUUGUGGGCCCAGGUAUAUAGCCAGUGCCUUUGUAAUUCUAUUCUUACCAGAAGGAUGUGAAGCCUGUGUCCCUCCAGUUGUUGGACUGCCAGCUUUCAUCAGCCUCAGCCACCAUGGUUGGGGCUGGUGGAAGUUGUAAUCCAGUGACCUCUGUAGGGUCACAGGUUCCCCACCACAACUGCAGUUAUGUCAGAUAUUAAGUUGUGUCCCACCCAAAAUGCUUAAGAGAAUAACCAAGCAAUUAAAACAGAUUAAUAAAUUGUUAGGGCGCUAAGAUCACAUCAGCAGAGGAAUGAGAAAGCUGUGGCCCUCCAGCUAUUGCUGAACUACAUUUACCAUCAUUCCUGGCCUUUGACCAUGUUGAUUGGUGCUGAUGGGAGUUGAAAGUCCAGCAUCUGGAGAGCCACAGGCUCCCCAUCUCAACUAAACCGAAAGAGCUAGGAAUAAAACAUUCAAGAACCUACAGGUCAUAGGCCUGAAAGAAGAAAUAAGUUUUCAGCUAGCUUCAGAAGAGCAAGAGGGAAGUGUUCACAGAGAAAUUCAUACUUUGUUGACCCUGCAAUAGAGUUCUUUUAAGUGUUUCCUCCAAUCACACCUCAUAUGGAGACAGGGCAUGCAGAAAGGGACUCUCCAGCUGACCUAAGUGGCCAGGCUGGCUCAUAUUGGAGAAGACGAUCCCUUCAAGUAUACUGGUUGUCAGUCGUUUAGGUUUUAAAGGCUAAUUGCCAGCACUGUGAAUUCAGCCUGGAAACUGCAAAGUUGAUAUAAAAGAGCCGAGAUUGCAAAGAUUGUGAAAUGGGCUUUGUAUGUCCAAGGGCCUUGAAAUCCAUUCUCUCUCCCCCCCCCCCCAGCUGUCCCCCCGCAACGGCCCCCCAUCCUCCGGCCGACCUUUGUGCCUCAUGUUCUGCAGAGAUCCGGUAAGAUGUCUUUUUUAUUAUUUGUUGGUUGGGUUCACCGUUUUGCAAGGAACAUGGAGUGGGAGGUUUGGUGGGAUUCUGUGGAGGCAGAUAGGAAGCCAUGAUUCAGUGGGAGUGCACAUCACUUGUAUGGAUGAAGGUUCAGGUUCAAUCCCCGGGUUGAGGAUAUUGAGUAGCUGGGAACAGCCUCUGCUUUGAAGUUGAUGGCAAGGUGCUGGUGGUCAGGAUUAGUCUGAUUCACUACAGGUCUUCUUAUUAAGAAUAGGGAUGGGGAAUCUUUGUGCUUCCUGAAGUUGUUGGACUGCAGCUCAUGUCAUCCUUUACCAUUGACCAUGCUGGCUGGGCUGUUGGGAGUUAAAGUCCAACAGCAUCUGGAGAGCCAGUUUCCCCAUCCUUGAUGUAAUGUAUCUUCUUCCUAUUCAGCACAGAUGUAGGCUUUCUUUCACCGAUCCUUUUCCUGUGACUCUUCCUGAUAAGCAGGUUUAUCUUAAAAAGAAAAAUCCAUUGGGUUUCUAGCCAUGUUUCCAUUAUAGCACAAGGUAUGGGUGGCUUUAAAGAGUGUUAGCCUUCUUCCCCAUGGAUUUUCUAUUGAUGGCUGCUAGGAACGAUGGCCGUGUCCACUGUUUGAGACAGUAUGCCUAUGAAUGCCAGUUGCUGGGAACCAGAAAUUUGGAGAGUGCUGUCACUCUCAGGUUCUUCUUGUGGGCUUCCCAUAGAUAUCUGGUUGGCCACUAGGAGAACAGAAUGUUGGACUAGAUGGGCCUUUGGUGUGAUGUGCGUAUUGUGCCUCACGGCAUUUGCACAGAAGUUGGGAAGAGGCCUGAACGCACAUCACUCCAUACCCUGUUGUUUCUGGGGCUCUCAGGGAAUCCAGAGGCGUUUUGGGGUUCAGCUGACUUUGAAGGAAAAACCAAUAAUUUCUUCCCCUUUGAGCCACAGCGUAUUUUAUUUAUUUUUUAAUUUCUAUACUGCUUUAUAUUUUUAAUAAAAACCUCAAAGCGGUGUACAGCAUAUUAAAUCAAUAAAUCAAUAAAACAAUAGCCGGGCGAUGUUCCUCCGGCCUCAUGAGGAGCCUCUUCAGUAGGGCUGGUGAAUCUGGGCCUCGCCCCCUAGGCCAGGUAGAAAAGGCCUUGCAGGGAGCGUAUAAACCAGUCAAUGAAUGGAAAGUAUGUUUUUCUGAAUGCAAAGAUUUUUAAUUACAUUUCUAAGCUGCCCAGCCAAGGGUAUAGAAACUGAAAACAGAAAGCACCAGAAAUAUUUUUAGAUGCCUUUAUUGGUCAGUGUGCUGAGUGUUGCCUAACACUGAUUUCUAAUUAUUACUGCAUUUUCUUUUUGCAGGUGGCCCUCGUCCUCUGCCAAUGCGCCCUCCUCAUCACCAGUCUAUGGUGGGUCCCCCCAUGUCAGGCCCCCAGGGCCCCCCAAUGCUUAUGGGCCCCCCAAUGCAGAGAGCACCUGGCCCGCCCCUAGGGGGCAUAGGGCCCAUGAGAUCUGGUCCCCCGGUGAGUUUCUUUUUCUUUGGUGAGAGGGCAGGGAUGGUAUCUGUUUUUCCGGUUUUUGAGGCUGCUCUCUGCUUCUGUGCCAGAGUUCACUCAGAGGGGAAUAGAUUGGGACAUGCCAGUGGAGACCAAAGGGGAAUACAUGGGGCUAUUGGGAAAGAAGCAGGAGGGAACUGCCCUCUCUUUAGCCCAGUGUUUCUUAAACUUGGGUCUCCAGCUGGUAUUGGUCUACAACUCCCAUCAUCCCUAGCUAGCAGAACCAGAAUCAGGUAUGAUGGGUGUUGUAAUCCAACAACAGGUGGGGACCCAGGUUUGAGAAACCCUGCUAUUCUAGAAGUCUGAUUCAGAACUAUUAUCAAGCAACAGGAUGUGCCCAACGGGGGCAGGUUACUGGGGAUGAGAGCUGGAGAUCAACCUUUAUUAUGUAGCCAGACUGGAAACGAACAGCUUGAGUAUUUGGCGCUAUGUGACUUAGCUGCCUCUGUGCUGUAAAACCCAUGACUUAACUUACUCCUAUUGAACCUUCACAAGCAUGUACAAGGGGAAAGCUUUAUGGGAGUGGCUGGUGUUCGUUUUUAUUUACUGCCCCCCCCACUUCAGUCAAAACAGGCUCCCAGAUCACUAGUAAAACAGGGUAGUCCCUAUCCUUAAGUUUGAAGUCUAAAGAUACAAGGUAUGAAAGAAAAAUGCAUUAGGAAGUGGAAAGAAAUAAACAAACUUGGGCGCGGGCUCUCAAGUAACAGAGACUUGUAGGUUCAAAGUGGGAUGGGGACUUGAUCAGCCUCAUACUUUGGAUAUUAGCGUUGAACUUGCAAAACUGACACUGAUUGCUGCCUGCUUUUUGGCUAGGUUGGGCCAGGGAUCCCCGUCGGUCCUCUGGCGCCGCUGGUGCCUGUUCCUCGACCCGUGGUGGUGCCCCCCAAAGUAAACCCCACUGUCAUCCAGGCCGCUCCCACAGUAUAUUCUGCCCCGCCAGUGAAGAAGCAAGAGGUUAGUAGUGAGCAUGCCGAAUGAAGGCCACAUUAUUUUUUAUUAUUACUGUUUAUUGCAUUUGUAUCCCAUCUUUUUCCCCCAAGGAGCUCAAGCACGUGGUUCUCCCCUUAUCCAUUUUAUCCCUGCAACAACCCUGUGUGGUAGGUUGGGCUGAGACAGUUACUGACCAAGGUCACCCAGUGAGCAUUAUGGCUGAGGGGGAUUUGCUUCCUGGGUCCUAGUCCGACGCUUUAGCCACUACACACACAGUUUAAUUCCCCCAAGUGUCCAGUGGGUGGAUCCUUUCUGACACCGUGCGGGAAGUUGUUGAACUGCACCGCUUAAGAUUACCUUUGCCAGGCAAUUCCGGCAAGGUGGAGGCAUCUGAAAAAAGGCCUCCAAUGUGUACUACAGCGGUGACAUCACAGCCCUUCCUCUUCUUUCUGCAGGAAGAGCAUCGGGAGCCCCCGCCCCCUGUGGUGGAGGAGAAGGAGCCGGUUGGGAUGGAGGAGCCUGUGAUAGGUCCAAGUAUGCCGGAGGCGGAGCCCGUUCCAAUGGUGGAUGUAAGGAGCCUGCAGCCACUACGUGGGCACGAGCAGCCACCCGCACGGGGGAAGCGAUCCCGGGGGCCCGAUGCUGGAUUUGUACCUGUCGAGGUAAGGAGCAGUUGUGGCUUCCCACUAGAAAUGGGCAGAAACUGGUGGGGAAGUGAGGUGAGAUACCUCUGCAGCAGAAGUUGCUCCCACUUACAGUCACCACACAGAGGCAGCUUAAGAUCCAAAACAGUUUACUGCUGUAGAAGAUAAGGCUUCAGUAAAGCAGCUCCAGAUGUUGAUAUAUACAUACAGCUUGUAUGUAGACUUCUUAUUCCACCAGGUAUAUACAUACAAGUGCAAAAUAUUUCUAUAUUCAAGAUAUAACACAGACUCCAACUCAUGGACAGACUCACGGGCUGACACACUACAGCAGAAGACCCGGCCACCAUGAGCUGGCAUGCUCAUGGUAUGGUAACUGGGCUGUUACCAUUGCAACAGGCUUGACUGACCGUGUACCUGUUGGCUUAUCUCAUACAUGGGUGAUUUAUGCUCAUGAAGGAAAUUAGCUCCUUCCUCCAUGUCCAGUUCCUCCAACAGGGUAAAUGAGACUGUGAGGGGGAAGAGAGUCUGGUUCAGUCAACCUACCUACUUGGAGGUCACCAGGCUAGAAACAAAUUUCCAUUUGAAACAAAUUCUUGAAGUGGUCUUUUGCCUAAUCAGCACAUUCUCUCUCUUCCCAUCCCCGGCCAGCCUGUUGUAGAGAGCACACCAGAGGACAAGAAGAAAAUGAAGCAGGAAAAGCUCAAGCGCUGCAUCCGCACAGCUGCUGGUACAUGCUGGGAGGACCCCAGCCUACUUGAAUGGGAUUCUGGUGAGUGUCCGUCGUCACAUGAGUUGGUGAACAGUCAAAAAUACUGGCAAGAAUCCUCAUUGCAAGGGACUGUUCCCUCAAGCUUGGGGUUAGUUGACAUCAGUGGCUGACAAUAAAUUCUUUCAUAUUUAAACUUACGUUUGAAAUAAAUGUUAAUUCAAGGUUAAACUUCAUCAAGCCAAACUUGACUUUUGAGACUUGGAUAAUAAACUAUUAAAAUUAGACAGGUUUUGGGGAAAUAACACACAAUUUUGCUGCUGUUUGAAGGCCGAGGAGUCACAGAAGACUCUGAGGACAAGUACAUUGACUGCUGCAAAUCAUCCUGCUUUCCUUUUGCCCACGUACUUUGCCAUCUUGAGGGCCAGAAACUUGUUAUGUCAGGAAAGGACAAGAACAAAUUGUCAAAAGGGCCAAUUGCCCAGUCUCAUGUCUUGUGCUCUUCCUCCCUUCCUCUGUCCCCCCUCCCCCAGAUGAUUUCCGGAUCUUCUGUGGCGACCUGGGCAAUGAAGUGAACGACGACAUCCUUGCACGCGCUUUCAGCCGCUACCCCUCCUUCCUGAAGGCCAAGGUCAUCCGGGACAAGCGCACCGGCAAGACAAAAGGCUAUGGCUUUGUCAGCUUCAAGGACCCAAACGACUAUGUCCGUGCCAUGCGGGAGAUGAAUGGUGAGGCGCUGCCUGAGCUGCGGACCCAGUUCAUGGGAGCCGAAUCCUAGAAUUCUGAGGGUUGGGGUGCCUGAUCCCUGUUGGGCGGGGGGGUGGGGAGAGCUAGGAGCUGUACAGGGCCUGGAAUCGCUCACUCCCAGUGGAGCCCCUGCUCUGCUGAAGUGGGGAAAGAUCAUGGGUCAGGGGCAGAGCAUGCACUUCUCAUGAAGACAGUCCCAAGUUCAGUUCCUGCCAUUUCCAGGAUCAAGUAGCAGGCAAUGAGAAGAACCUUUGCUUGAGACCAUGGAGCACUGCUGCCAGGCGGAGUAGAUAGAACUAGACUAGACAAACCCAGUACAGUGGUACCUUUGUUCUCAAACUUAAUCCAUUUUGGAAGUCCAUUCCAAAACCAAGGCACGCUUUCCAAUAGAAAGUAAUGCAAAAUGAAUUAAACCGUUGCAGACUUUUAAAAACAACCCCUAAAACAGCAGUUUAACAUGAAUUUUACUAUCUAACGAGACCAUUGAUCCAUAAAAUGAAAGCAAUAAACAAUGGACUGCAGUCACACAAUCAAUCAAUCAAUCACUCAGUAGGUGAACUGGGUUCUACGCAGUCACAAAAACAAAACAAAAAGCUGCAAAAACAAAAACACAAAAUAAAUAGCAAAAACAGACAGACCUCAAAACGGAACACGUUCGGCUUCCGAAAAAAGUUCACAAACCGGAACACUUACUUCCAGGUUUGCAGUGUUUGGGUUCUAAGUUGAUUGAGUAUCAAAGCCUUUGAGAACGAAGGUACCACUGUAGUUUGUGUCAGGCAGCUUCCUGUAUUUAAGGCAGCAAUAUGUCUACUUGUUUUCUGAAUCUUUCGAACGUUCAAUACUACACGGAAACGGCCAGCUCCUCACCUGCUAGCAGUGUUGUGCUGGAUCUUGAAGGCCCUCAUAGCAUCUUCAAAGCUGCUGCUUAUUAUUACUAUUUACUGCCUAAGGACCCAGGGCAGGUUAUAACAAUUUAAAGUGCAACAUUAAAAACAUUAUAAUCACAAGUGUAGGGUGAGUCCUAAAACACUGCAUCUCGGGUGUCAAAGGACAAGGUAAAAGAGGUGUGUCUUCAGCAUAUGAUGGAAACUGUAGGGAAGGUGUCAGAUGCACCUCUCUGGGGAGGGAGUUCCACAGACUAAGAGCUGCCACAAAGAAUGCCUUUUCCUGGGCUGCAGCCACUGAGCUUUUGAAAGUGAUGGAACUAUUGAGAGGGCUCACUCUGCUGAUGUUCAACACCUGAAAGGAUCUGUAACAUGACAUACAUCUCGAUGAGGGAGCAGGCCAAGGCUGUCUGGAAACGUGUAUACCUCUAAUCUGGUGUAUAUUUCAAGGAGUGUGACUGACUUCAGAUGCUCCUGCUUGGGGAAGUCUCUGUGGUUGCUCAAUUCCCACAUUAGUUGUCUUGUUUGAUGACGUAACUGGAGGCCAUUGGCACAACGUAUUACGUUGAAGCCCUGGGGUGUCAGCCAGUGAAUUAACCGAGGGCAGCUUGGGAAACAGCUCCACGUUUCUCCAGCCACACAAGGUGAGCUGGCUUGGACAGGACAGUCUUACUGAACCUUCCUUCCUCUCUCUCUGCCUCCCCCCCCCAAUCUCCCCCCUGCCCUUUCUCGUGUGUCUGCGGCAGGAAAGUACGUCGGCAGCCGGCCCAUCAAGCUGCGCAAAAGCAUGUGGAAAGAUCGCAAUAUUGACGUGGUGCGCAAGAAACAGAAGGAGAAGAAGAAGUUGGGGCUGAGGUAACGAGGUGCAGGAUGUCGUUGUCUGCUGUUCACCCAUGAGCCCCUUGAAGCAAGGAAUUGUCUGUAGGCCUGUUCGAUCCUGCCCUCUGCUGGAGAAGAAGCAGACCGUAGGAAGAAGCUGACGGCAGGAGACUGGAAGUGCUUUGUUACUCCAUCAGUCCAAGGCCUCUUCCGUGUAGAAGAUACGUGUGUGUUCUCUCUUUGUCAUACACAGACAAACCCUUCCCCAUUAGCUCUGCAGUCUAAUAGCAGCUUUGUGGGUUCGAUGCUGAGGAGUCGCAACCUACAAACUCAGCUGGGGGAUAGUUUGUGCGUAAUGACAACUUCCGUGGACAAAAGUCUUCUUACCCAAUAAAGUUGUGUGUAUCUUUUUUUUUUUUUCUUACUACAUCCAUUCA